AUGGACACGGUUUUCACCUCCACGCCGGCGGGCGGGAGCCGCUCCCUCAGCCGCUCCUCCGCCGACUCGCCGCUAAGCCCGAUGCGGCUGAGCCGGCUGCAGGAGAAGGAGGAGCUGCGGGAGCUCAACGACCGCCUGGCCGCCUACAUCGAGCGGGCGCGGGCGCUGGAGACCGACAAGUCGGCGCUGCAGCAGCGGCUGGCCGAGCAGGAGGCGGGUAGCCACCGGGAGCUGGACAGCCUGCGGCUCUGCUACGAGGCGGAGCUGGCCGACGCCCGCCGGGCGCUGGACAACAUCGCCAUGGAGCGGGCCAAGCUGCAGGUGGAGCUCGGCAAUAUCGGCGAGGAGCACCGGCAGCUGCACAGCAGGAAUUCAAAAAAGGAAGCUGAUUUAAACCUGGCACAGGCUCGUAUCAGAGACCUUGAUGCUCAGCUGAACGCAAAGGAAGCUGACUUAGCAAGAGCUUUGACUGAGAACCGAAGUCUGGGAGUUGGCCUUCAUGAAUUAAAGGAUCAAGUAGUCACAUUGAAGCUGUCACUGGAAGAUACCAAAAAGCAUCUCCACAGUGAAAUGUUGAGGAGGGUGGACCUGGAAAAUCAUAUGAAAACUUUGCAGGAACAAAUGACAUUCCAGAAGCGUCUUCACGAAGAUGAGCUCAAGGAGGCAAAAAGAGUCCACGAGAGCAGGAUAGCAGAAAUAGAAUCUGGCCGUCGGAGAGAAUUUGAGAGUAAGCUCUUAGAUGCUCUGCAGGGGCUCAGAAAACAACAGGAAGAACAAAUUAAAGGAUACAAAGAGGAGCUGGAGCGAACAUUCAGUGCAAAAAUGGAGAAUGCCCAGCUAUCUGCAGCAAGAAAUAGUGACUUUGCCAAUGCUGCUCGGGAGGAACUGAUGGAAACAAAGCUGAGAGUUGAUACUUUGACGUCUCAAGUUAAUCAAUAUCAAAGCCAGAAUGUUGCUUUGGAGAACAGAAUAAAAGAGCUACAGGAGAUGCUGGAUUAUGAUCGUGAUCUCUAUCGAAGGCAUAUGGCUGAAAAAGAGAAAGAAAUAGAACAAGCCCAGCAGCAGACACAAGCACAGUUGGAAGAAUAUGAGCAUCUCUUAGAUGUGAAACUGGCUCUAGAUCUGGAAAUAAGUAGCUACAGAAAGAUGCUGGAGGGAGAGGAACAGAGGCUAAAGCUGUCACCCAGUCCAUCUUCACACAGCACUGCAACUCAAGCAACAAGUCAAGGGCGACGGUUCCUACAUGGGAAGAAAAGGAAAAUGAAAGAAGCUAAAGAGAGAGGCCAUAGUGCUGGAUUUAAGACUGUUCAUCAUGCUUCAUCUUCUGGAAAUGUAUCUAUUGAAGAAAUUGAUGCAGCUGGGAAAUUUGUCAGGCUUAAAAACAACUCUGAUGAGGAUCAGCCACUACAUGGAUGGGUGUUAAGACGACAUCUCGGAAGUGUGUCAGAUGUAACAUAUAAAUUUCCUUCACUGUUCACUCUUCAGGCAGGCCAAGUAGUUACAAUCUGGGGUGCAGCUGCUGGCGUAAGCCCAGGUCCUAGUGAUCUGGUCUGGAAGUCUCAGAUGUCUUGGGGAACUGGGGAUAGUAUUGGUGUUACACUCAUCACAGAUGAUGGUGAGGAACUUGCAGAGAGGAAGAUAAUGCAUGUACCCAGAGCAGAAGAAAGCAGUGAGCAAGAUGAUGAUUAUGAAGAAAUAACUGGAAGUGAAAUAGAGUUUCCAUCUCGGCACCUGGAAAUCCACCAGUUUCAGUACUGUAUAUUCCUAGAUACACUAUAUCACAGCAUAGCUGUGUCAGCCUUAACUUGGACAGAUGUAUCUCGUAAAUGUGAAAAAGCAUCUCAUUCCAACAGAGAAGGUACUGUAACUAGCAAUAUUAGUACUGUGGUCCCAACAAGCCAGCUUUCUAGGGCUAGAAAAACAUGCUGA